AUGAGUAAAGACUUAACUAAAGAAGAUCCUAGAGAUGAUGAUGAUUUGGAUGAUUUAGAUGAUUUAUUAGAUGACUUUGCCGGUGAAGUAUUAAGUAAACCUCCAGGGUCUGCUAAAAGUGAAGAUACAAAAAUCGAAGAUAAAAAGGAGGAGAUAAAUUUGCAAGAUUUGAUUAAAGAUUUAAAUAUUCAAGAUCCUGAAACUAAAGAUCAAUUUGAAAAAUUAAUUAAAGAUUUUGAAGAUGAAUCAAAAGAUCCAAAGAAUUUUGAUUCUGUCAUGAAAGAUACUAUGGAAAGAUUGAAAACUUCUGGUAAGAAUAUUGAUGAACAAAUAAAGAAUGAUCAAGCUAAUGUUAAUCCUGAAGAUAUGUUAACUCAAUUGUUAUCAGGAUUAGGAGGUGGUGAUAAGGAUUUGGAUAUGAGUAAGUUAUUGGUGGAUAUGUUAGAACAAUUGAGUUCUAAAGAAGUCCUUUAUGAACCUAUUAAGGAUUUAAAUACCAAAUUCCCUGAAUAUUUGAAAGAUAAGAAAGGUAAAAUUCCUGAUGAAGAAUAUCAAAAUUAUAAUAAACAAUAUGAAAUUACUGUCCAGAUAGUGGAAAUCUUUGAAAGUCCAGAUUUUAAUGAUGAUGAUAAACAACAAAGAGAUCAUGUUAACUCCCUUCUAGAAUCAUUACAAGAAUUAGGUCAACCACCAACAGAAUUAGUAGGAGAUUCUUCACAAUUCCCAGGUUUUGGAGGUAGUGGCAGUAAUCCGUUUGGAGAUUUGGGAUUCUCUGAUAAAGAUUUACCUAAAGAUUUCGAAAAAGAUUUAGAAGAAGGUUGUCAGCAACAAUGA